AUGGGCGCGAAAAUCGGAACCUGCAGCGUCUGCACCACCAUCGUCGAGGAGUCCCUCCAGAACAGCAGCAUUUACAACUACUCAAAGACCACACGCCGCGGCAAGACCGUCAUCACCAUCAACGUCGCCGGAGAACCAAAGACAUGGCCCAAGGAGUCGCUGGUCGCCAUGUGCUGGCGCCGACUGAGCUUGGAUUUCCACUACCACAACAGCGUCCGCAGGGAUGACGGCAUGAUUGCCUGCUCGAACUUUUAG